GACCUCUGCCGCACCCGGUGCCGCCGCCACCUCUCGGGAAGAGAGGAAGCGGGAGAGGAGCCCACGUAGCGUGUCAUCCAAGACCUCCAGCCGCGUGGUUCCGAGGAGUGUAAGAUGUUCGCCUGCGCCAAGCUCGCCUGCACCCCCGCUCUGAUCCGAGCUGGAUCCAGAGUUGCAUACAGACCGAUUUCUGCAUCAGUGUUAUCUCGACCAGAGACUAGGAAUGGAGAGGGCUCUACGGUAUUUAAUGGGGCCCAGAAUGGUGUAUCUCAGCUAAUCCAGAGGGAGUUUCAGACCAGUGCAAUCAGCAGAGACAUUGAUACUGCUGCCAAAUUUAUUGGUGCAGGUGCUGCAACAGUAGGAGUGGCUGCUAUCCUGGGAUUUGCCUUGUCUGAAGCUAUGGGUCUCUUUUGGUUGAUGGUUGCUUUCUUGAUUUUGUUUGCCAUGUAACAAAUUACUGCUUGACAUGUUGGCAUUCAUAUUAAUUACGGAUGUAAUUCUGUGUAUCUUACUGUGACUCCAAAAACUGUAGUAUUGGUGUCAUGGAAAUGUAUAUUGUUUCCAAAGUCAUUUCAUUAAAGAUGAAAACUUUAAAAAAAAAAAAAAAAAAGAGAA